CAAACUACUCUGAAGUUCUUCCUUUUGUAGUAUAAUAAUUACAUCUAUUCGCGUUGUUUCAACCCGUAUCUGAAUCCUAACAUGCCUAUAACAUAUACAUUUUUUUCGUCAUUCGGUUAAACAUUCAUUGACUGUAUUUCUGGGCUCGUGUGUUUUGAAGCCAGUCCUGUUGGUGGUGGUAAAGCACCACAAAGUUGUCGACCACCAAAGCUAGAAGAAGAAACGCGGAACUGUCAAACAGCAUAAUGACAAUACAUGCCUGUAACUCAAAAACUACUGUUCAGCUUCAGGUUUGAACCAAGUUGGAAUUAUUUUUUAUCCCGUUUGUGCCAGUUAACACGAUGGCGUCUGACAGACAUCACUGUUCGUGUUGCUCCCAUCCAGUCUCCUCUCCCAGUGUUUACCAGACGCUGAGUGAAAUGGAUUUUGAACGAGGUAUCUGGUCUGCUGCAAUGGAUGGGGACUUGGAAAGGGUCAAGUCCUUUGUCCAGAAGGACACAGACCCCAACCUGAGAGACUCAGCUGGAUACACAGCUCUGCACUAUGCAAGCCGCAGUGGUCAUCACACCGUAUGCAAGUUUCUUCUUGAGAACGGUGCCUGUGCAUCUCCCCAGACACCAGGCGGUGCUACACCACUCCAUCGAUCAGCCUACUGCGGUCAUCUGGAUGUGGUCCGACUCCUGCUGCACCACAGAGCAGAUCCGACGCUCUGUGAUGACGAUGGCGCAUCCCCUUUACAUAAGGCUGCAGAACGGGGUCAUGAAGAGGUGUGUCGGCUGCUUCUGGAGCACUGUCCUGCACUGUGCAGCCAGGUGAAUAAGAGGCUCCAGCUACCCUUCCAGCUGGCACCACAGGGAGAUCUGCAGGAGCUCCUAAAACCACCCCGGUGAAAACAGACACACUGCAUCUGGGAAAUCUGGAGUUGCUAAGAACAGACAAAUCACAUGAUUUCAAAACACACUAGGUGAGAUCUGCUUAAGUGAGGAUUACUCUCAUCUUGACCUGGAUUCACUACUAUUUGGCUGCUUUCCUCAGCUGAACAUGCGCUGAGAGUCUCUGAAUGACACUGUGAACUCUAGCUUCAAACCAUAAACAUCAUGUUUAUGAUUUCCAGUGUAUUGUUUAUGGAAUAUUUACACCUCUCAAGCUAUAGAAACUUGUAAAAGCUGUUAAACAACACCAGUGUCCAACAUCAGGUAGUUGUCAAAUGACAGUAAUGAUAAUUCCGUUUAAAGCUGGGGUCGACAGAAAUCUGGAAAAGGCAGAUUUUGAAAACACACCCUCCUCUUGCAGCUCCUUCUUCUCUGUCCUUUAUUUAAUCUUACUUCAUUGUAGAAUUGCACAGAGCUCAUCCUCUCAGCCCCUCUUUGCCCCGCCAUCUCUCUCUGUUUAUCAGACCACAAAUGAGAUAAGAAUUAGCUAGCAAGCCACCCCAUGGUCCCUCUGCCUCGCUCCCCACUGCUGUGGGCUGCUUCCUCAGGAGAGUGAGCAGCAGCAGGAGAGACCGACCUGGUGGUGGUUUUAGCGGCUUGAAUUUAACUAGCAUAAGCACCCCAGCAUGAGGUGUCACAGUGGGCUGGUGGCCAGCAGCAGUGCCAGGUCCAACCUCUGUAACAGCAGCAACAGAAAGUUUUUGCUAAUCCAGCAGGGAGUAGGGGCUGUCCGGUCCUCGGAAGCUGGGUUUUGCUGCUGGAUUUGGUUGCUGAGGCCGCUGACCGGGGGUUUAUCUCCCCCUGGCGAGGUGGUCCAAAGUGGUGGGGAGUGCGACAGAGGACAUUCAAGGCUUUAACUAAUGUUAGACACAUAAAUGUGAACUUGAAGCUUGAUUUUGUUUAUUGUCAGACUCUCUUUCUGAUUAGUGUCCCUUUUUUGAGUUGCUUUUCCAGUGUAGGUUGUUGGAUAUGCAGGAGUGGCAACUUUAUCUGCAAGAUUCUCCGCCACUGAAUCAAACUUUCACCAGCUGAAGGGACGUUCACACGCAUCUGCAUUUGUAGAACAGCCAAUAGGAACACCAUGAUUCACCAAAGUCUCCCGUCAUGAGCAAAAUUUUCAAAAGCCUGAAAACAGAGCCAAGGGGAGGUGCAGAAGUGUAGUUUUCUCUCAGACCACUUGAAUUAAAAUAUGCUCAGUUCAUUAUGAUAUUUUUGCCAAAUGAUGCCAAAAUUAGAUUGUCUACCCCAGCUUUAAUUAGUCAAUGAUGGCAGCAAUGACCUGUUUCUUCUUAUCGUUGACCAUUUAGAGAAAAAACAAAACAGACAUUUGUCUUUGUGUUGUGUUACAGCUGAGGUGUUUAGUUUGGGUUUGACAGCUGAGUAGUGAUAAGGGAAACAGAUGUUAUUGUUCAGUGGGAAGAAUUACGUGAAAACCCUACCUCACCAUCUGAUGUGGCUGAAACCUUGGCAUUGAAGGUUUCAUUGUUGAAUUAGCCUGACAUGAAGUACAAGAGCAGAGCAGGCUUACAUGCUAGCUACCAACAGACAUAGUUUCUCUUUGAAAUGACUGCACUUAAACCCACUGUAUGUAGAACUUGAAAUGAAUUUGUUUAGUGCUCUGCAAACACCAGCAUUUGCUAUCACUGCAGCACUUGUCACUGUUUAUAUUGAACAUGUGACAUGUUUGACAAAGCAGUUUGUAUUAAAACUGGAGGCCAACAUCUUUGCCCAUGUUGGUUUAUUUGUUAAACUUUGUCUAGCAAAUCCAUGACAUGAUCCUUUCUGGGUUUUUGAACACAUCUAGCAGCAGGGGGAGCUAUUGCCUUAUAAGCUGGAGGUGUUUUUCCCAAUACACCAUGUGAAGUAGCUGGCAGCUCACACACAGUGACCUCAUUCGAUCCUCCCAGCACACAGUUGGAAAACUAAACGGGGUAACUGUUAGAAAGAGAGAGACACAUCAGAGUGUAACGGUUGCAGCUGAUAGGAGGACACACCACUGUUCAGCUGAGUUAUAUUAGUGCCACCAUGCUUGGUUAUUUACUGUGUAUUAAUUAUGUUGCCAAGUAUACACAUCAACAGAGUAGUGUUUCCAAAAUGCUGAUAAUUCCAGAUAGUGUUGACCCAUUGGUAUCAUUAAACAUGACAUGCUAUAAAGUUUGAUAUAGUCUUUGGGAACACUCAUGGUCAGCCUACAUAUAUAGCGACUUGUUGCUGUACUGCUGUACUAGUUUCAUGUCUCUGAGUAUUUUAGAAAAUAUUUGGGACAUACUGCUUCUGGUGUAAAUCAUUCAAGGUUUUCUCCACUGAGAGCAGAUGUUGGUGGUUGAUAGUAAUGACCUAUAACCACACAACCGUCCACCAGCAUGAAAAUUCUGGCACCCAAUUUGUUAUUUCC